AUGUCCAAUCCAUCUCAACUCCUCCUCCUCGCCGACCACAUCAAACUCUCCCUCCUCGAACGCCAGCGCGCCGUCUCAUUAAACCUCGACCCCAAUCCCGCCCAAGACUCCAACAUUGCCCGCUCCCUCGAAUCAUUCCGAGAGGGCAUCGAUUCCCUCUCCUCUCGCACGUCCGACACCGAAUCCCUCGACCAACUUCGUUCCCAAUACAACGACCUCUCAAAACAAUUCCAUGGUGAAAACUCCUCUACGACCGCCACCACACUCUCCUCACCCAACGACCCGGCGCUGACAGAAGAUUUCAAGCGGGCGCAAAGCCGUAAAUCGGGUGAUGCAGCAGAUACAAAACAGCGUGUCUCGAAUUUACGCAAGCAAGAUUCGCAAACUGCUACCAAAAAUGUUCGAUUCCGGGACAACUCUUCGCAGGAAUCAUUGGAUGCGCAGGACGAAGCCAAUCGCGCCGCCCUCUUCCCAGCCCGAUACACAGAUGAAGAAGACCCCAAUCGUGCUCAGACGCCCGAUCCGACGGAGAAUAUGACCAACACGCAAAUCCAUGCGUACCAUCAACAAGUAAUCGCCGAACAGGACGAGCAGCUCGAUCACCUAGGCGAGUCAAUUGGGCGUCAGCGCCAUCUUGCCAUGCAAGUGGGAGACGAGCUUGAAGGACAGAUUGCGCUAUUAGACGAGGUGGAUCGUGGCGCGGACAGACAUCAAGGCCGGCUGGAUGGGGCGAAGAGGCGGCUGAAGGGUGUCGGGGAGCGUGCCAAGCAGAAUUGGGGCAUGACGACGAUUAUUGUCUUGAUUGUUAUAUUGGUUUUGCUGAUUGUGUUGUUGAAGUAA